CUAUCGGAGCCUGAGGGUCCGUGUGGGGGUGCUCCCAUCCUGUCCCCUCCGCUCCUCACGGCUCUGCGGGGGAGUUACCUGCACCGGGACUUCCAGGACCUGGAAACUGCCUAAAUGGCCCAUUAUCGCCUCCAUUGUGCUGCAUGAGAGGGCGAGAGAAGGAGAUGGAGCUUCCCCGGGUGAUUUAACCUGUUCGUCCCUGGUCCUGUUCCCCUCCCCUGCCACAAACCUGUGCUAUUUUGUUGCUAAAAGGAGAGAGCCGGCAGCAGGGGGAAGUACAAACGCGCUACAGGUCUCUACGACGGCCAGGAGUAAUGGCCAAACCUUGGGCGAGAGGAAGCUCCCGGGGAAGGACCCGCCCGGGUCCCUGUACGGCUUUCUUCAAAGGGAGAGACCAAAAGCUCAAGCUGUCGGCUGAGGAACCUGCUAGCUUUGCUUUUUUUCUUAGGGUUUUUCUGGGAUAGCUACUGGGGAAAGGCAGCUGUGUCGUUCAACUGUGCAGAAGCAUCUCAGUGCGUUGCCUGUACUUAACAGAGAAGGAGGGCUGAUCAGUAAUUCAGAACCCCAAGCUAUUCUUUACCAAACCUGGAAACCACGUCUUGAGGAGCCCAGGAGAAUAUUGGGAGGUAACAUAAGUACUUUUAUCUGCUUUUGAACCUUAUCAGUAAAUCCAAUUACAUUCCAAACUCUGGCAGAAUGCGUAAUAAACGCCUGGAUGUUUCACACAUUCCAGCUCUCGGGCCGCGCCCGCUUCCUCUUCCUCCUCCGGACCUCUGGGGCUGUUCCGAGACGAGCUCUGUGAGUGGCCCUCCGGCCAUAAAAAGGGUCCCCAGGGCUCAUCUCGGGGAGUCUCAGCUCGGUGCUGCGGCUGCUCGUCCUCCUGCCAUGGCCUGCACUGCCAGCGCUCCGGCCGCGCCUGCCCACGCUCAUUUCUGGGAGAUGCUGUCACUGCUGGCCCGGGAGCCGGGUAUGGAGUGGCUGGAGCUGAGCCUUGCUGGGCAGGCUGUCACCUCCCCUCCUCGCAGCCGAGAAGCACCGAGGAGAGGAGGAGAGAUGAAUUACCAUCAGCAGCAUUCCUUGGGACCUUGGCCUCUGAAGACUUUGUCGUUGUUGGAGCGCUCAGGAGACAGUAGGCUUUGGGAAGCCUACCUCGAAGGACUGAAGAAAUUCCUUGUCUUUAGGGAAAUCAUGGGAAUGCCUGCAGCCUGGCCAAUUCCAGUGGAGCAAAUUAGAGGGUUUUUGGCUGUGGAAUCUAACUUUUCCGCCUCGAAGACACUCCUAUACAUGGCAGCACUUUCUUACUUAUCAAAAUUGACUUGUAGCUCUGAUCCUCUGCAAGAUCCUAUAACCUGUUGCAUGGUGACCGGGUUGAAACGUCGAGUGGGUAUCCUGAGGGAUAUAUACUUGCCUAUAACAAUUGAGAUAUUGCGAUCUCUCUUAGGAGCUCUGGAGUCUGUGUGCAUAACUCAUUAUGAAUGCUUACUGUUUCGUGCAUUAUUUACCGUAGCUUUUUUUGGGGCACUUCGAAUAGGAGAGAUGGUGGCAAAGCACCGUAAUGUACUGCAGCCGGAGCUGCUGUAUCUGAGUGAUAUCCAGCUGAUGGCGAGGAAAGUGCUGCUUUUUCUGCCUUACUCUCCUGUGGAUCAGGAGAGGCACGUCAUCAGCCUAGCGCUGUCCGGAGAGCCAUGGGUGUGCCCCGUCCUGGCCCUCCGCAGCUAUUUGACAGCUCGCUCGCAGCACGAAGGGCCACUGUUCGUGCACUCGGACUUGAGGUCUGUAACGAAGAGGGAGUUCCUGGCCGUUCUCCGAUGUGCCCUGAGCCUGCUGGGGCUGUGUCCGGAGCAGUUCGGCGUGCAUUCCUUCUGGAUGGGGACUGCCGUCACCGCUGCGCGCUGCGGGUACCCUGGGGAAGAUGUCACUCGCCUGGCACGAUGGCCCUGUAUGAUCCCAGGAAGAUUCUAACCACGGGCACCAGCAGGAAAAUAGAAGCUAGCGAGUCAUCCUCUUUAUGUAGAGUCAUCUUUAGCUGUAUAGUUUAGAAGCUAAUCAAUCAUCCUCUUUAUGUAGAGUCAUCUUUAGCUGUAUAGCUUAGAAGCUAAUCAAUCACCCUCUUUAUGUAAACUUUAGCUGUAUAGUUUAGAAGCUAAUCAAUCACCCUCUUUAUGUAGAGUCAACUUUAGCCUUUGACAAGAAUUUAGUAUUAACACUUGAAAUUAAUUUUCUACCUCACAGUGGGGUGAUCCUAAGUUCACUCAGAACUUGUUUGUUCUGUCUGUAUUUGAAGGUAAGGGGAAUGUUUACCCUUUGUGCAUAGACUGUAUUUUUAUCUUGUAUAUUUAUAUUUUUAGCUUUAUUAUCUUGAGGUAAUAAAUACUGCCUUUUUAAAAACAA